CACAGGAACGGUCUAAACAUCCUCCCAUCUUAUACCGACUACUUCCACCUCAGCAGCGUGACAACGGCACUAAACACGUCAAUCGUCAUGGUUGGAAACGCCCUCGCCGGAACAAUUAAUGGAUUUCUCUGCGACCGCAUCGGAAGACGCUCAACACUACUCGUUGCUGCUAUCAUCGCGAUUAUCGGCAUCGUGCUGCAGUCUGCCGCGGUAAAUAUUGCCAUGUUCAUCGUCGCCAGAUGUGUGAUUGGAUUCGGAACCGGUGUCUCAGCAGCUGCGGCGCCGACGUAUCUUGCCGAAACGGUGCCGUAUACAUGGCGCGCUUUUACGCUUGGGUUGUUUUUUGACUUUUGGUAUGUUGGCGCUCUCCUCGCAGCUGGAAUCACAUAUGGUACAGCAAAUAUCGAAUCGACAUGGGCUUGGCGGAUCCCUUCUAUCCUCCAAGCGCUCUUUAGCAUUAUAUGUAUCGCCAUCCUCCCAUUCAUUCCCGAGUCCCCACGAUGGCUGGUCUAUCAGGGUCGUCAUCAAGAAGCGCGGGAAGCACUCGCUGCGACACAUUCGAAUGGAAACGACUCCGAUCCCGCUGUCUUAAUUGAAUUGAAAGAAAUCACAGACACGAUUGAAUGGGAGAAGAAUCAUGGUGAAAAGCUCAGUAUGGUACAGAUUGUAAAGUCGAAGUCUAGUAGGAAGAGACUCCUCCUUUCGACUUCCGUUGCGGUAUUUUCUAUGCUUUCAGGAAAUAACAUCAUAUCAUUCUACCUCGGCGACAUGCUCGACCACGCAGGCGUAACCAACUCCACAACUCAACUCGAAAUCAACAUCAUCCUAAACUGUUUCUGCCUCGUGACCAGCAUAAUCGGCUCUCUAUUCGCCGAGAGACUAGGCCGUCGCUUCCUCGCCAUCAGCAGCACCACUGCCGUGACGAUAUUCAUCUUCAUCAUUGGCGUCCUGACAAAAGUAUAUGGCUCGUCAACAGACACGUCAGGAAUCUACGGUACCGUAGCGUCGAUCUUUCUCUUUCAGGGCUCGUAUAGUUUCGGCUGGACGCCUUUGACCGUGAUGUAUCCGCCAGAAGUGCUGAAUUACUCUAUCCGCGCGAAUGGAAUGGGGGUCUAUACGUUUUUCUCGUCGGGUAUAGGCCUGCUCGUAACAUUCGCCUUUCCAAUCGCCCUGGACCGAAUCGGCUGGAAGAUCUACAUGAUCAACGGCGCGUGGGAUAUACUGGAACUUCUGUUCGUGAUACUCUUCUGGAUCGAAACUAAAGGUAAGACGCUGGAAGAGAUCGAUGAGGUUAUCGAUGGGGUUAAGCAUUCCGAUAUGCCGGAUUUGGAUCUUCUGAAACGAGGAGAUGGCAUUGAAGCCGCUGUGGAGGUUUUGGAGGGGAGAGAAAUUACUAGUGAUCGUGUUGACUCAGUGACGAUAGAUGCAGGGCGAAAAGGGCCGAAGGUGAACUAUAAAGAAGCGAUGACGAAGAGAACUAAUAUGUGAUUAUGACCUGAUAUGUGAUUAUUAUGAUGCUAGCUUAUUCUAUUCA